AGCCGCCUACUCUCAGGCGAGGCAAGACGCAUCUCAAACAAGCCUAUAGAGUCGUCUGCUCUAUUAGCUAUGGUUCUCGUGGUAUUUUGAUGUCAUACACCGAUCGUUCUGCGCAGCGCAUAUGCAUCUCAAACAAGCCUAGCAUACAGUGCUCGUUCUGUCUCACGUUUGUUCCGUCAUAAACUUACGUCAUCAUUUCCGUGUCCGUACAUUGAGAUUAAUAUUGUAAGGAUUUUAUCCGCUUUCUGCGUUAUUCCAGUGGUUUCAAUGCACUUUUAAAAUGUGUGGAUAACAAACAUUAUGACAGGAUCUCCCACUUAAAAACAAAAUGUAGAACAUAGACUAUUCGUGAAUGCAGUUAUCUGCUGUAGCUAAGUAAAAUUUAUCUUUCUGUAGCCUACCAAGCAUGGAGGUGUUUAAGAUGGCUGUGCUAUGACAUCACUGUGACUCGGGUUUGGUGCACUGCCUGGCAAUGCGAUGACAGGAUGCUCGGAUUGGGUUACAAAUGGAAAGUCGUUGUGGGACGUCAACACUUCAACACCUUGGCAAGUGACAGUCGCAGGAAAUCACAGAAUUUUUUUUCAUCUGCUCUGACUUGUGCAUGACGACGUUUCUGUAAAAUAAGAUUUGUGGGUAUGGAGGAGAGUACUGAGGAGCUGAGGGAGGAUUGGACCUUGUUCAUCUGGACGACGGUUGCUGUUCUGGUCCCAGUGCUCAUCACACUGUGGUGCAGCUUCCAGCGUCCUAAACGCAAAGUUCAGCUUAAAGAUCUGUUCCGAAAGAGCAAACACGGCUGGCACUACACGGAUCUGUUCAACAAGCCCACCUACUGCUGCGUGUGUUCUCAGCCCAUCCUGCAGGGGGCGUUCUGUGACUGCUGCGGCAUAUGUGCGGAUGAACAGUGCAUACAGGGGGCAGAUCGCACCCUCUCGUGUAAGGAGAUCAUGACACAGAGACAGACAGAUGGGAGGUUUUACCAUCAAUGGGUCAGGGGAAAUGUGCCUCUCGCCAGCUACUGUGCCCAGUGCAAACAGCAAUGCGGGACUCAACCUAAACUUUGCGACUAUAGGUGUGUGUGGUGUCAGACCACAGUGCAUGAUGACUGCCUUUCUAGUCUGAAUGAUGAUCUGUGUGAUCUUGGAGAGUUCCGCUCUGUUAUCAUACCUCCAUAUUACCUCUAUCAAGUCAACAAGCUCCGCCAAAGACACCCUGAUGAAUACAGUAAGCUUGCUGCAGGGUUUGGGAGCGGCUGGACUCCAGUUCUGGUCUUGGCAAACACAAGAAGUGGCAACAACAUGGGAGAAGUUUUGCUGGGAGAAUUUCGUACCCUUCUGAACCCUGUGCAGGUGUUUGAUCUCUCUGAGCUGCCCCCCUCUAAAGCCCUGCAGCUGUGUACUCUUCUGCCCCCGGGCAGCGUGCAUGUUCUGGUGUGUGGGGGAGAUGGCACAGUAGGCUGGGUUCUGGAUGCUAUUGAUAACAUGAAGCUGAAGGGUCAGGAUCAGUUUAUUCCUCUUGUGACCAUCCUUCCAUUGGGAACAGGAAAUGAUUUAGCGAACUCUUUAGGAUGGGGAGCAGGAUAUGCGGGAGAGAUUCCAGUAGAACAGGUGCUCAGGAAUGUUCUAGAGGCUGAGGUAGUCAAAAUGGACAGGUGGAAAGUUCAAGUUGUCUCCAAAGGAAACUAUUUUCGUAAGCCAAAGGUAUUGUCGAUGAAUAAUUAUUUCUCAGUGGGUCCUGAUGCUCUCAUGGCAUUGAACUUCCAUGCGCACAGAGAGAAAACGCCCUCCUUUUUCUCCAGCCGAAUCAUCAAUAAGGCAGUAUAUUUCCUCUAUGGUACCAAAGAUUGUUUAGUGCAGGAAUGUAAAGACCUGGAUAAGAGGAUUGAGCUGGAGCUGGAUGGAGAGCAAGUGAAUUUGCCCAGUCUGGAGGGGAUAAUAGUGUGCAAUAUCGGCUACUGGGGCGGUGGCUGUAGACUGUGGGAGGGAAUGGGAGAUGAACCCUAUCCUCCAACACGUGUGGAUGAUGGCUUAUUAGAGGUGGUGGGGGUGUAUGGUUCGUUCCACUGUGCACAGAUCCAGGUGAAACUGGCUAAUCCUGUGAGGCUGGGACAGGCACAUACAGUACGGCUUGUGUUGAAGAGUUCUCGGAUGCCAAUGCAGGUGGAUGGAGAGCCAUGGGCACAGGGUCCAUGCACCAUCACCAUUACCCAUAAGACCCAGGCUCUCAUGCUGUACCACAGUGCAGAACAGACAGAUGAUGACGACUCCAGCACCUCAGAGUGUGAAGAACCCUCAGCCGAACACACACACGACUGGCAACACACAGGAAACAGUGACAGAGACUUAGUAAGGCUGUAAUCACUCUGUCUGUGCUAUUUCUAUCCCAGAAAGUAGCACAGCAUGAAAGGAAGACACCAUGAUGUGUAAAUGUCUGAUGUUAUAAACAUAAAUGUACGUAAUGUGCAUGUGCUGCUCAAGUAAUAACAUCUGCAUUGGUUAUUUCUGAGUUUAAAAUCCCCUUCUCUCUCAAGCACAUCUUGAAGAUGUUUGUCUCUGACAUUGGUUUUGUAGAUUUGCGUGCAUAGUUUUUAUUUAUUUUUUUCCUGCAAGGGAGUUCUACCCAGAAGCUCUAAGAAGUGGCUCAGGUUUUAGCAAUUUAGACCACAAUGGAAUCAUAUUCAGCUGUUAGCAGAGCUCAGGCAAUCAUAAAACAAAAUUCAGUCCAGUGGAGAAUGUUACAAACAAAGCUGCUUAGACACAAAUGUUCAGAAAUCUUUUAUUUGAGUUGUAUAAAUUAAGCUGUAAAAUAGUUUUAUUUAGGACAUUAUGUUUUGUUACUCCUUUUGUGAAACACAUUUGCACUGCUUGAAUCUAGAGUAGAUUGAAUAGAAUGGAUUUGCCAUUGAUAUCUUAUUAUUUUGCAACUAUUCAAACUGGUGUUAUUGAUUUUGAUUGAGUAUAUAUACUUUCAGUGUUUCAGAGCACUGGAUUAAGAUAUCAUUCUUUAUUUUGCUAUUUGAAAUUGUAUUGUUUUAUUCAUAGUUCAUUUUCUCCACUUUUCCAUAGAGAUGUGUUAUGUUUUUAUGCAUCCUGCUUGAGUAAAAUUUACUAUGCCUAGAAUAUAACCAUCCAAUAGGCUUUCAAUAUUUUCUUUAGUCCCUCUCUUUGCAAGUCUUUCUGCUUUAAGUUUAAUUGGAGCAUAAGAACGGUAAUGUUCUUGAAAAACUAAGCCAGGAUAGAAUAGAAGAACAGCUUUAGGGGUGGUAAUAUGUCAUACAUUUCAUAUAGCCAUAUCUACAUCUAUGCACAUGACAAGCACAUGACAUUUUCUCCCUGAACUAAUGUCACCUCUCCUUGCAGGAGUUGCACAUAUUAUCCAUUAAAGCCUUGUUUGUUAAAUCUGAGGUUUUGCUGAUGUAAGGCCUUUGAGCAUUUUAUAUUUUGACUUAGUUCAUUUCAUAGUUAAUUUAAUGUACAGAAAGUGAUUUUUUUACUGGAAAAAUCUUACAGAUUCUUAAAGGGAUAGUUCACCCAAAAAUGAAAAUUAUGUCAUUAAUGACUCACCCUCAUGUCGUUCCAAACCCGUGAGACCUCCGUUCAUCUUCGGAACACAGUUUAAGAUAUUUUAAAUUUAGUCCGAGAUCGUUCUGUCCCUCCAUUGAAAGUGUGGAACGGUUUACUGUUUAUGUCUAGAAAGGUAAUAAAAACAUCUUCAAAGUAGUCCAUGUGACAUCAGAGGGUCAGUUAUAAUUUUUUGAAGCAUCGAAAAUACAUUUUGGUCCAAAAAUAGCAAAACCUACGACUUUAUUCAGCAUUGUCUUCUCUUCCGUGUCUGUUGUGAGCGAGUUCAAAACACAGUUCGAUUAAAUAAACCGGUUGAAGAAAACUAAUGAUGUCAUUAGCGAUGAUUGCCCUUGAUUCAAGACUUGACAAAAAUAAUGGAGCAUGCAUCUCUACUUUUUUACACUUUGGCCCAUUGUGUUUCCAAUGGUCAUCUCCUUAAUACUAUAUUAUUUAGCUAAGAGAGUGUGAUGAUAAAUACUUGAUAUGUCUCAUUCCUCAUGCAGCAUAUUCCCGAAAUUCAAGAUGAUAUCAUGUUUUUCCUAAACAAGCAAGAACAAGCAGGUCAUUGUUACAUCUCCUCAUAUUCAGACCAAGCAGGCAUCAUAGGCCUCACACAUCAACACUCAUAAAGCAUUUCAUAAUAUCAAAGCAAUAUUUCAGUUAAUAUAUGAAGUAAACAUGGAUAUAAUUGAUUGAGAUUUUCCCUUAUAAUAAAUAUCCUUUUUUUCUCAGCAAAGACUGGAUAUUUCCCUGGUAAACUAUCUUCUUCAGUUGCAUAUCGAAAUGUUGACUGCUUUAUUAGUCUUGCUCAGUUUAGUAAUGUCUGAAAACUUGCUUCUAUACCCUGAUAGAAUAAUAUAUCAAAAAGUUUGUUUUUUGAAUAGUGUCAUGAAAAACUUUUUCAUCAUAUUUAUGUGUAUAAAUACUGAAGCAGUGGUUGUGAUUAAAACAUUUUCUUUACAGCUGUAAUUCCCCCACAUCCCACCCCCUGAAGACAUCGGUCAUAUUCCUAAAACUAGACUUCACACAUGCUCUAAAUGUGUCAAAAGGAUUUUAAACAAUGGUAUUCUCCUUGGGACUAUAUAAAUUUAAUCUUUUGGUACUGUUACAUUAAAUGGGAAUCUCUGUAUCGAAUAUUAAAGGUUGAAAUAUUUUGCACUGAUUUCUGUGUGCUAGAAACAACACAUGGUUAACACCCAUGGCUUGUCUUGUUUUUCAAAUGCAAAUGAAGCCUAGUUUGGUUGCACUUUAUUUUACAGUACGUGUACUAACAUGUACUUAUAGUGUACAUACAGUGUAUUUAUCUAAAAAAGUUCUGAUAAUACAAGGUAACUACAUGGGGUAGGGUUAGGUUUAGGGGUAGGUUCAGGGUUAGUACCUAGUUAUUACAUAGUUAUUGUAAUUACUAUAAUAAUUACAUAGUAUGUACAUGGGGAACAGGACUGUAAAAUAAAGUGCUACCCCUAGUUUUUAUCUGACAGUAGUUGCUCCUUGCAUUAUGUUUAAUGUGUAACUGGCUUGUUUGAAUGUGCCAAGGUAAAAUACCAACAUAUACUACAAGUUGGAGAUGAUAUAAAUAAUAGAACAUAAAGAAAUUUUUGGUCUUUUUUAUGUUUUAUUUUUCACCAUCGAAAACAAUGUGAGCUGCACAAAUUAACAAUCAACAUUUCAAGAGCAGAAUUAAGUCAUCCCAUAACAUUUCACAAAUGUGAUCAAUACAGAAGAUGAGAGAGAAAGAAUAAUACAUCUAGAUAUUUUUAUUCUUAUAUGAGACAUGCUCAUGUCAUGCCUUUAUUGGUAUUACUCUAUUUUACUUUAUGUAUAUUCACUCUGUAGUUACUCUAUAUGAUGUAUCUGCCAAAAUUGUAAUUUUACAUAAAGCAAACAAUAAAUGCCUUACUAAA